GAAUGGUGGGGUUUUGAAAGAUAUAUACUUAACUGUGUACUCACAAACUUAACUUGAAAUUCCUUAUCUUUCUUACUGAAUUUCUCUCUACUCAUCUAUCCUAUUCCUACACUUCCUGUGUUGAGAUCAUGGCGGCAGUUGUGGGUGAAGCUUUUCUCUCUGCUUUUAUUGAAGUUGUUAUAGACAAGCUUGCUUCUCCUGAGUUUGUUAACUUCAUCCGAGGGAAGAAGCUUGAUGAUAAUUUGCUCCAACGGCUGAAGAACACUCUGUAUGCUGUUGAAGCAGUGCUGAAUGAUGCUGAGCAGAAACAGAUCAAGGACUCUGCAGUGAACAAGUGGCUCGAUGACCUCAAAGAUGCUGUCUAUGUUGCUGAUGACUUUCUGGAUCAUGUUGCUACUAAAGCUGCCACUCAAAAGAAGGAGGUAAGCAACUUCUUCUCUCGCUACUUCAAUUUUCAAGACAGGGACAUGGUUAAUAAGUUGGAAGACAUAGUUGAAAGACUGGAAUCUAUUUUCAAACUCAAAGACAUUCUUGGUCUUAAAGAGGUUGCCAAGGAGAAUUAUUCAUGGAGACUCCCAUCUUCCCCUCUUGAAGACGGAUCUAAUAUCUAUGGCAGGGAUCAAGACAAAGAAGCUAUCCUCAAAUUAUUGCUAGAUGAUGAUAUGAGUGAUGGUAAAGUAGGUGUGAUCCCUAUUGUUGGUAUGGGUGGAGUGGGAAAAACAACUUUAACCCAAGUGGUCUAUAAUGAUGAAAAUUUAAAGCAGGAAUUUGAUUUGCAAGCAUGGGUUUGUGUUUCUGAUGAGUUUGAUAUUCUCAAGGUUACUAAGACUAUCACACAGGCAAUUACCAAAAGUAAUUGUGGUCUGAACGAUAUAAGUUUACUCCAUCUUGAAUUGAAAGAGAAGUUGAUGGGGAGGAAAUUCUUAAUAGUUUUGGAUGACGUUUGGUUGGAGGAUUAUGUUACUUGGAAUUUUCUUAUAAAACCUCUUCAAUUUGGGACUAAGGGAAGCAAGAUUCUCGUGACGACACGUAGCGAAAAAGUUGCUUCCCUAAUCCAAACUUCCCAAGGUUAUCGUCUAAAGCAAUUGUUGGAUGAAGAUUGUUGGUUAGUCUUUGCGAACCAUGCAUGUUUUUCAUCAGCAUCUAAUGGGAACACAACUCUUGAAAAAAUUGGCAGACAAAUUGUUAAAAAGUGUGAUGGGUCACCUUUAGCAGCGCAAUCACUUGGAGGCUUAUUGCGAGGUAAAAAUGAUAUAAAAGACUGGAAUAAUAUAUUGAACUCCAACAUUUGGGAACUUUCUGAAAAUGAGAGCAAGAUUAUUCCAGCACUGAGAAUUAGUUAUCAUUAUUUACCUCCAUUUUUGAAACGUUGCUUUGUUUAUUGUUCAUUGUAUCCUAAGGAUUAUGAAUUUGAAAAAGAUGAGUUAAUCUUGUUGUGGAUGGCGGAAGAUCUUUUACCGCCUUCAAAAAGUGGAAAGACUUUAGAAGAAGUCGGUUGUGAGUAUUUUGAUGAUUUGGUAGCGAGAUCAUUUUUUCUUCGAUGUCGCCGCGGUAGUUAUUUUAUGAUGCAUGAUCUUGUGCAUGAUUUAGCGAUCCUACUCGGUGGAGAAUUCUACUUCAGAUCCGAAGAACUUGGGAAAGAAUCUAAAAUUUGUAUGAAGACUCGUCAUUUGUCAUUAAGUGGGUUCAGUGGUAUAAUCUCUGAAAAUUUUGAUUUCUUUGGCAGAGUUAAAUACUUGAGGACACUCUUACCAAUUUAUUUCAAAUAUUCUCCAUUCAACCGUGAAAAAGCAGCAUGCGUCAUUAUGUCCAAUCUGAAGUACUUAAGAGUCCUGUCAUUUAGUAUGUUUCCGGAUGUUGAAGCAUUACCAGAUUCAAUUGGUGAGUUGAUUCAUUUGAGAUAUUUGGACCUCUCUCACACAAGCAUAAAGACAUUACCAGAGUCAUUGUGUAAUUUAUACAAUCUACAAACGUUGAAAUUGUUUUGGUGUUCAUUGCUGACUAUGUUACCUGAUGGCAUGCAAAAUCUUGUAAAUUUGCGUCAUCUUGAUAUUCGUCUUACUAAAAUAAAAGAGAUGCCCAAAGGAUUGACUGGAUUAAAAAAUUUGCAAUAUUUAAGUGACUUUAUUGUGGGCGAGCAUGAAGGGCAGAGGAUCAAAGAAUUGGGAAAGCUUUCAAAUUUACAUGGAUCACUUGCAAUUUUCAAUUUGCAGAAUGUUGCCAAUGGUUAUGAAGCGUUGGAGGCAAAGGUAGCGGAUAAGAAAAACCUCGAUGAGUUACACCUGCUUUGGUCUCUUGAGAGCAAUUUUACAGAUUCUGUAACUGAAAUGGACAUUCUUGACAAGUUACAACCUCACCAAGACCUGAAGCGUAUAUGGAUAUCUGGGUACAGGGGCACUAAAUUUCCAGAAUGGGUUGGACAUUCUUCCUACCACAACAUGACUUUGCUAUCUCUAUCUGAUUGUAUGAAUUGUUGUAUGCUUCCUUCACUUGGACAACUGCCCUCUCUCAGGGAACUAUCUAUUAUCCGAUUGAAGGGGUUGGAGACUGUUGGUGUUGAAUUUUUGAAGAGCGACGAUUCCUUUUCAGGGACACCUUUUCCCUCCCUUCAAUCUCUGUAUUUCCGUGACAUGCCAUGUUGGGAGGUGUGGCGUCCCUUUGAAUCAAAUGCCUUUCCUCAACUAAAGCAGCUCAAAAUAAUCAGCUGUCCCAGAUUAAGGGGAGAUUUGCCAAAUAACCUUCCAGCUUUGGAAUCACUUGAAAUUAGCAGAUGUGAGCAGCUUGCUUCCUCUCUUCCAAGGGCUCCUGCCAUCCGCCGUUUAGAGAUAUAUGAAAGCAAUAAAGUAUCAUUGCGGGAGAUACCCCUUUCGGUGGAAGAUCUACGAAUCGAAGGAAGCGAGGUGGUGGAGUCCAUGUUUGAGGCAAUCACCAUCACCCAACCAACUUCUCUUCAAUUUUUAGAAAUAAAGAAUUGUUCAUCUGUCAGAUCAUUCCCGGGAGAUUGUUUACCUGCAUCACUGAAGAACUUGCGUAUCCAGGAUUUCAGGAAGCUAGAAUUUCCAAAGCAGCAGCACGAGUUACUUCAGUCGCUGUAUAUAAAUAGUAGCUGUGAUUCUCUCACAUCCCUCCUGUUGGAGACCUUUCCAAAUCUCCAUUCUCUCACGAUCAAAAACCUUGAAAAUCUGGAAAGUCUUUCUCUUUCAGUACAGGACGCUGCUCUCACAGAUUUCGUCAUAGAUGGCUGCCCCAAAUUUGUAUCAUUCCCAAAUGAAGGAUUGUCUGCGCCUGCAAUGACUAAAUUCUCUGUCUCUGAUUGCAACAAGUUAAAGUCAUUACCUUAUCACAUGAGUACUCUUCUCCCAAAGUUAGAAUCUCUCGUGAUAGACAAUUGCCCAGAAGUUGAGUUAUUUCCUAGUAUGCCGCCUAGCUUGAGAUCACUUGUGAUCAAGAACUGUGAGAAAUUGAUGAGGAGUCCAUUCCUAGCUUCGGUGGACAUGCUCACGCAUCUUACCAUUGGAGGUCCAUGUGACGGUGUCAAGUCCUUCCCGGAAGUGGGUUUGGUGUUGCUGCCUCCCUCCCUUACUUCCCUGGAGUUGGUGAAAUUGACAAAUAUGGAGAUGUUGGAGUGCAAGGGGCUUCUCCAUCUCACCUCCCUGCAACAAUUAACAAUUAAGUGCUGUCCGAAGCUGGAGAAUGUGGCGGGAGAAAGGCUGCCUGCCUCUCUAAUUAAACUUGAAAUCACUGAGUGUCCUCUAUUGGAAGAACGGUGCAAAAUGAAGCACCCGGAAAUUUGGCCCAAAAUUUCCCACAUCCGAGGAAUUAAGAUUAAUGGUAGAUGGAUUCCUUGAGCUAAACUAGGAUUAUCAACAGAUAUUGAAGCGGCUAACUCCCUCGGUCAAUAUAUUUGGAAUAUCAGUACAAUCAUAUUGAUUUCUUGAGCUAAACUAGGAUUAUCAACAGGAAAUGGUUCUGCUCUAUCUAUUUGUUGUUCUGGUCCGCGCACCGUUAAACUUCCCUGUCACAAGACUUACAGCAAAUCUUUAAUUUAACAUUUGAGACAUUGGAGUGGAUAGUUCCUUUCUUGUUGAUCAUGAUGGGAAUGUCAGUCAUGUUAGUACAAUCAUAGUUGAAAGAUUAAUAGAGAAGGAGUUGGCAUCAAAAAUCAAAAUUUUAACUGAGAAGGCUGCAAUUAUUGUGUGUGUAGCCUCUUAGACUUCAGAGCUGAUAUAUGAGGUGCUCCUUCGGCUAACUUCCUUGUUGACUGUGCUUGGAGUGUCAAUCAUGCUGAAUUUCGUUUGCACAAUCAUUUUGGUGUACAUCGUUAUAUGGUCUCACUCCCACCAUUAAACUGAGCAGUCAUAGUAAAUGUGUUUUAACAUUUUGAAUAAAGAUUAUUCAAGCAGAGAUCUCAUUGUGUUAAGGAGAUAUGUGGACUUUAAAAAAAACCUGUUUAACAAACAUUGAAGUGGCUCCUUUGUUGAUUAUGCUGGGAAUAUCAAUCAUGCUUGCUUUGGUUACUACAAUCACAGUUGAAAGAUUUCUGGAGAAGGAAGUGGGUAUCAAAUGUCCAAACUUCAACCGUAAAGGCUCUGGUUAUUGUGCUUUUACUUCCAGAUUUCACUGCCUGCCCCAGAUUUGCUUGAAAGAUUGAAACAACUACUAAUCUGAAAAUCCAAUGGAAGUUAAACCAUGGCUUAUUUGACAGUCUUGUAGACAUCAGAAUGCUUUUGAUGAUCUUUACUACUUGAGGCACCAUAAUUUUGGUUCUCAAAGAAUCAAUAGCUCAAGCCAGCAGAGAAUGAGGCUACCAGAUUUCUAAAUCAGAAAACUUAAUCUUGUGAACUUUUACAGGAAGAUCAACAAGUACAUUCAAAAAAAAAAUCUUGUGAAACAAGCAAAAGUAUUGCUGAAGAUCAACAAGUACAUAAUCUUGUGAAAGGCACCCCUUCAUCUCCAACAAUUUGUUUUUGAUUCUCGAGAUUUUACCAAUUUAUGAAAAUGAAGGUGAUAUAUUAUGGAAGCUCAUGACUAUUAUUAUAUGACAAAUUAUUACAAUGCUUGUUAUUACAAUGUCUACAAUUUACAAUGAUUGUAACCAUAUAUAUGGCACCAACAUUUUAAUUUAGUGGUCAACAAUCUCAUCUGUUCCUGAGUAGUAA